AUGGUCGCCUCCGCCAUCACAUUCCUCUCCGACCCCAAAGUCCAGUCGUCGUCCAUGUCGCAGCGAGUCUCGUUCCUGGAGUCGAAAGGCUUGCGACCCAACGAGAUCGACGAAGCCAUCCGUCAAGCCAACCAGUCCUCCGCCGUCGGCUCUUCAGGCUACGCCUCGUAUGCGGCUGGACCGCCUGCGCCGUACUACGGCGGCGCACCAUACGGUGCUUACCCUGGCGCGCCUCAACAGCAGGGACGCGAUUGGAGGGAUUGGUUCAUCAUGGCUGUCGUCUCGGGUACCAUCGGAUACGGUGUCAUCUCGCUAGCCAAGAAGUACCUCAUGCCGCAUCUGCAGCCUCCCAACGCGGACGUGCUCGAGGCGGAUCUUGACUCGUUGACGGCGAAAUACGACGAAGUGGCCAACCAGCUUCAGGCCUUGGAUGCGCAGACGCUGGCGGUGAAACAGGGGCUUGACGAGCAGAAGGCCGAGGUGGAGAAGAGCAUCAAAGAGGUCGAGGAUUGCGUAAAGAGCGUUAGGGAGAACGAGAAGCGUCGCGAUGGAGAACUCGACCGAAUCAAGGAUGACGUCGAGGGGAUCCGCAAGGAGUUGAGCAGCCUGUUUGAAAAGUCCAAGCAAGCACAGACCAACUCGCUCUCGGAACUGCAGUCGGAGCUCAAGUCGUUGAAGUCGCUCUUGGUGUCGAGGGGGACCGUGGGGGGUGGCAGCGGAGCAGGUGUGCAGCCGCCGCCUCGUCCGUACGGAGUAGGGUAUGGAGCAGGAUCGUAUGGCUCGCCUACGAUCGGUACACCGACGGGCGAUGUCACGCCACCGCAUGUGCCGAAGCCAAGCAUCCCGGCAUGGCAGCUGGCUGGAGCCGGGUCGACGACCGGUGCUGGUGCUCCACAGGUCGAGUCGAAGAAGGUGGAGGAGACCGCGAUGGCCGAUCCGGCGGAGGAGAUGUCCAAGGGAAAGGGCAAGGAUGCCAGCGAGUGA